AUGAAGGAAGCGGACGGAGCUGAAGUCAUGCUGGGGCUCCUCUCUGCGCUGGCGCAUGUGCACAGCCUGGGCAUCGUUCACCGCGACGUCAAAUGCGAAAAUAUUCUGAUCGCCGAAAAUCGCGCAGUUCUUGCCGACUUCGGCAUUGCUGCCAGCCUCAAUGAUGCCAAGGCAAUGGAGAAGAUGCUUGGCUACAGCAAAGAUUCAGCACUUCCAGCUACGCGGGCCAGACACCCAGGUAAGCAGCGUGCCCAACGCAUAGGCGCCAAAUGUCCUGCAUCCUGUGCUUCUAAGGAGAGUUGGGUCUCCUGGCUAUGCCGCACCCGAAGUUCUGAAGCUUGGAAUGGAGUGUGCAUGUCGUCACUGUCGCAGCUGCUUUUGUUGUUUAGCGUACAGAACCUACGAGUAAGAGCCCACAAGUUGAUGGCAGCGAUCAGCAUGAAGAGUGUUGUUGCUAUGGUGUAG